GCUUUAUUUAGCUCUCCCUUUUUAUGUGUUUAUUCCCACCCCCUUCGCAAAACUGAUGGAAAUGUUGUGCAACAAGAUACAGUGUAACCCCCUCUCUGUUCUCAAAACAAUUAGAAUCAUUCUAUCUUUCUUUAAAAUUUCCUUUCAGUUCUACAGUUCUGACCAGCCUACUGACAAUACUCUUCUUGAUCAAGAUGAAUACGAAUGGCGUAGCCCUAAUUAUCGGUGCCGCUAGCGGCAUCGGCCUCGAGACUGCCUUGAUGUUUGCCGAGAGAGGUGCGCGAGCCGUCAUAUUCGCGGAUCAAGACCUUGAUGCUGCAUCUGAGGCUUCGGACAAGAGUAAAUCAAUAGCAACGGCUGCAGGCUACGAGACUAUGGCUAUGGCCGUUGACGUCCGUUAUCGUGUUUCCGUAAAAGUAGUAGUAGAACAGGUCAAGAUGCUAUUCUCUAGGAUUGACUAUGCUGUUAAUAGCGCUGGGAUCCCACGGAAAACAGAGGCGGAUACUCCAAACGUCGACGAAUCCGAAUACAACAUUUUGCAUGAGAUAAAUGCAAAGGGUAUUCUACACUGCCUCCAAGAAGAGAUUGCAGUCAUGAAGAGCCAAGAACCGGCGUACGUCGAAGGGCGCAGCGGCAGUCGCAGCAUAGGGUCGGGCUCUAUUAUAUGUAUUACGUCUCUGUCCGCAAUAAUUGGCUCGCCUAAUUCUAUCCCUUACACGGCAAGCAAAUUCGCUGCAAGGGGUAUUAUAAAGUCUGCUGCAUCGGAGAACCUGAGAUCCGGCCUCCGUAUUAACGAAGUGUGCCCUGGAUUUACAAAUACGCCGCUGCUGCAGGGCGCCAUGAAGAGGAAGCCCGAGAUCAUCAAUCAAAUUAGCAAGGCUAUGCCCUUGGCUCGGGCGGCAGCACCCGAAGAAAUUGCAAGUGUAGUUCAUUUCCUUGCUGGCCCGGGUGCAAGCUUCGUCAAUGGUCAGUCAGUGGUAGUGGACUCUGGCGCUUCAAUAUUUCUUGGGGGGUGAGAAAGGGCCAUAGUAGAAUUAUUCACGAGUUAUAAUCUCCUUUUGGUUAUAUUUCUGCUAUGUAGCUGUGUGAAGAUGAAUAGAGAGUGUCUCAGCCUACAUGAUGUCACAUUAGAGUGACUGCAGCAUUGUAAAGAACGACUAAAUACAUAAGAAAUCCUCCAAAGCUAUAAA